AUGUCUAGGAGAUAUUCUGAUAUUGCACUCAGUGCUCUCGUGAUAACAGUCCCGUUCCUCAUCUUGUCUGGUGUGCUUCUGGCCCUCGUCUUCAAUCUCCGUGUCGUCCAGGAACCGUCGAUCUUUUCGCAAGGCCAACAAAACACUCUCAACGAACCUGGAGUGUAUUAUGUGAAUAUCAGUUCAACUUUUUUGGUUUUCAUCGCAUCGUGGUCUAGUAGCAUCGUACCCAUGCUUGCGACGUUCAUGAUGACUCUGGCAUCUUUUCCGAUCGCGAACAACGUUCUGAAACAGAGUCGUCUUGAGAAGUGCACUCGGAGCCUGACACCAUAUCAAUUCGCACUGGCACUGAACUUUCUAAGCGGAGGAGGUUAUGGCGCUGCAUGGAGAUGGAUAAAAUAUCUGUUCAUGCAGAGGGAAGCCCGAGAGCGACAGGCACAGGCUCUGACACAGGCUCCUUCCUUUGCACUCCUGACGUUAUUGCUUGGACUGCUAGUGCUAUUAGCCGACACCUGGCUACACGUUGCAACGAAAACGGUAACCUUCACCCAACUACAAGAGCCUGAGGAUCCUCCUGCUUCACAUGGUUUUGGUCUUGUGGAAGCGUGCACGAUCAAUAACAACUCAUUUGCAGACGCGAUUUCGUCACCUGGUCAUCCAUGCGCUUUGAAUGAAGCUGCCACAAGUUCAAUGCUUGUGAACGGAACUCAUUCACUGGAAGUUCUGAACAAUGUGUCGUCUCUAGCCACUGUUCCCACAAUCACGUCUGAAAAAGACUAUGUUUAUUUAGCAGUUCCACCCUCGGCAAUGUUGGCCAAGGAGGAUUGGAGAGUGGGAUCAUUUGCUUUGCAGACUCAGUGUCGUCUUGCAUCUGCAGAAUGUGACAUGAGAGGUGUGAACGGUGCCUCAACGCCAUUUCAUUGUUCGGAUGCUUUUCACGGAGAUGUGACCAGCAAUCCGCAGGACUUCAUUUGGGCGUUCUUUACAGAUGGCACGAUGUCAGAUAAUGACACUAGCUCUGGUGUGGAAAACCCUUCCUACUUUGGCAUGGCAGCUCUGGUCAAUCCGAACAUUGGGGUGCGCACAGUUCCAGGUACUGUAAACCCUAUGCAUGGGGGCACCGCCUUCGUGCUUCUUUGCAAUACCACUGUUCUGGAGGUGACUUAUGAUUCUGUCAAUGGAACCAUAACAAAUUUACAGGGGGUUCUCAGUAAUGCAUCGACCGUCAACGUCUGGCAGAGCGCUAUGGCUUAUACCGUGGUUGGUAUACCCAACAUGAAGCAAGCAGCAAGUCUUGCAGCCAUGGGUCAUUCUCCUCAACAAUUCACGGAGGAUAUGGCGUUGUCGUUCAGCAAAACAGCGCUCGCUAUUGGCUCUCAGUCCGUCGAAGAACGAUCACCUUUAGCUGUUCAGACGAGAUUCUCAUUCCUCGUAGCCAGAGUUCCAACCGCCCCACUGUACGCACUUGUUGGAGCAAACAUGCUUGUCGUCUUUGUCACAGUUGCGCUCACGAUCGUUGCCUUGAUGACUUCAACGGGCGACGUAAAAGAAGUUCAAAGUAGACUUUCGAUCGUUGGUCUUGUUGCCGACCGAUUCGAGGACAAGACAGCCAGGUUUGUAGCUAAGGAUCUCGACGAACUCUUCCGCGAAUCCCAGGGUAAAAAAACUUCAAGAGUUGGUAUAGACAGUGCUGCUGAGGGCGGUUUUGGUUACAAGACCUGGAAUGAGGACAGGUAG